UUCAUAGGUUAUACCGCAUAUACUAUUUAACAAAACUAAUUUCCCUCUUUUCUUCACAAUGGGAAUGUUGAGAUGGACAAUGUUCGCCCUAGUUUCUUUGUAUCCCCUCUUCACUUGUGAAGUCUCUGCUACUUCCACACAGUUAAUUUCAAACUCAACACAAGAUGACAUUAUUAAUAUAUGUAGUAUUGUGUAUUGUGGGAAAGGAACAUGCCACCCUUCUUCCACUGAACCGUUGGGUUUCAGAUGCGAUUGUGAAUCUGGUUGGAAGAAGCCUAACAUUGGUUCUUUUCAAUUCCCAACAUGCAUUUUUCCUAACUGUACCAUUGAUUUAAAUUGUGGUAACGGAUCUCCGUCACCUCCUUCUGCUCCACCUACAAAUGUAGACCCUUGCUUGUUGAAUAUCUGCGGGGACGGAACCUGUGUGAAAGAUGGGUCUGAUUUUAGGUGUGAGUGCAAUGAAGGCUCAGCAAAUUUACUUAACGAUCCAAAGUUGCUUUGCUUUAAGAAAUGCACAUUAGGAGGAGAUUGUAAUGGUCUUGGUCUAGGGUUCAGCUCACAGUCAACUGAAACUCCACAAACAUCUGGGACUGCCUCUCUUCCUGCUGCAGGGUCAGGUGAAACGGUGAGUGGCAUAAAGGAGGUUCAUAUGGUAGCUAUGACAAUAUUAGCACUAAUAUUUCAAAUAUGUAAUUAAAAGGGAACAUUCAUCCAAGUUCGUAAACUUUCUCAUGGAACACAAGAAGACAUUUCCCAAUAAUAGAGACGGAUUUUAUUGCGAUUUCCCUUUCCAUAUCAUUUACAUAGUUUAUUAUGCAC